AUGGAUGGAAUAAUCCAAUUCGGAACCACCGAAGAUGGCUUCGACUCUGCCCCGCGACGAAGUCGACGCAGCAAGGGGUGCUUGACGUGCCGCAAGCGCAAAGUGAAGUGCGAUGAGGCUCGACCAAUAUGUCCGGGCUUCGCGAGUCGUAAGGGCUCACCAUCUACUGGCUUACACUCCUCCUCCGUUGUCGCCAAGCCCCAGGAGACGCAAGCCAUCUCAACGUACGCCGCCACGUCGUCGGCAACCUUAUCGAACUCGUACAUGUCGUCUGGAUUUUCAGCUUUCAAUUUGAUAACUAGAUCGAGUAUACCACCGAUCAUGAAGCUGGAUGGUUUCCGUGACGGCAUAGUCAUUUCUCAUCUGCUUUUGAAGUUCCAGGCUAUCGUGGAGGGCAAUACACCUGGAUCUACGGAUGCGCCUACUUUUGCGGGCAUAUUUUUAGCAGGAGACCGUCAGUCGACAGCUUACACUUCGGGCCUCAGCGUAGCAGAGGCACUUUUUGGGCGCAUGCAUUUCGAUGAAGCUCUGAUUCAGCAUUCGGCCGUAUUAUAUGGGCGGGGACUAAAGCGAUUGCAAAGUGAUCUCCAGAAUAUGGAAAAGGAGGAAAUUGGGGCUCGCUCAUACAUGAAUCUUUGGAGUUCUACCUUUCUUGGCAUCUACGAGAUGAUGACGGCGUCGACACCAAUGAGCUGGUUGGAGCACUCUCGAGGCCUCUCUGCCUUGACAGAAUCACUCGGUCCUAAUGCUUUCCAGGGAAUGUCUGCUCGGCGACUAUUCUACUCCAACCGACUCUUUAUUGCUACUGCCGCUAUUGCGACCAAGAAACGCACGUUUCUGGAAAGACACGAUUGGAAAGUGGUGCCAUGGGCGGAGUUGGAACCCCUUCCGAAACCCGUCACUAUCCUACUGCAGGACAUCUUUUGCGACAUUCCUGGCUUCAUGGAAGAUGCUAGACGAUUAACGGCACUUUCAUCUUCGAACCACGCGGAGCAAAAGCAGGACCUCAGACUGCUGCGUAACAAAAUCGUCAACGCAUACAUGGAAACAGAUUUUCUUCGCUGGAGCUGGGAGGAUGAAUAUCCGAAUGUCUGCUGGGAAGUCCCAGUGACGCCAGCUUUGAAGGAUGCGGCGGGCGAGUCCAAUCCCCUGCCAUUUGCGACCGUGCUUCACUUCUCCAAUUUCGAUCGCGCCACUGACGCAAUAUACUUCAAUGUGAUACGGCUCCUGUUGUGGGAGCUCACAGAUGACGUUGGACUAUCGCCUGACACCGUACUGGGGGCUACCAGCGGCAACAAGUCGGGUCCAUUCCCAAAUGCGCUUCUCCCUCCGGGGCGAGGAAACACCAAUGACUUUGCUCUGGAAAUUUGCCGCACCGUGCAAUAUUUGGUACAAGGCGACACCGAUAGCCUGGGCACGCUGGUCCUGAUGUUUCCGCUUCGCGUGGCCUCUCACCACCUGCAAAACUAUCCCGAUGUUUUACAAUGGCUCCGCUGGGUACUUUCGAAGCUCACAGCAAAAAAAGGGUUCAAAUUGGGCGAUUUGUCGAUGUAUUGUGACAAAAAGCAACUGCAGUGUUGA